AUGGACUUUUGGUCUCGUUUGAUCGGCGGCUCACGCGCGCUGUCCAAGUCCAAGGCCACAUCCCCUACAGAGCGACUGACGGCCUUUAAACGCGCCUGCAACGCUCUUCAACAAAUAUGGCGUUCAACCAAUACCCCCUCGGGCGAGCAAUCGGUGGCCCACGCGCGAGCCUACAUCGAGCGCCUCAACUCCAUCUUGAGUGAAGAAUCCCGCGGACCCGCACCACACCCCUGUGUCGCCUAUGCAGCGUCGUCUCAGGUCUUUGUCACAGUCACUAAGCUCGCUCUUUCAUUCUACGACGAUGGCGUUCUUAGAUCAGCCACUAUUUUCUUUAACACCCUGAUUGAUGCAGAGGUCGACGGCGUUGUGGAUAACCGACUCUUCGCCCGAGCACUGGUAGAUCUGGUUCGGCGUGCGGAGAAACCCUCCGAUGAGAUUGAAGGUCGACUCGUGGAAUUGCUCUUUGGAAUCGCCAACAACAUUCGUCUUCAGCCUGUCAUCUUGCCCGCGUGGUUUGUCCCUCGGGUAACCCCGGUCUCCCAGGACAGCGAAUCCCAGGCCCCGAGUGGGACGGAAUUCGCAGGGGCCACCAGAAAGGAUGAAUUUCCACUGUUUUAUCUCCUGGUCGACUAUGUCCACAGCGAGGGCCGCGCCGGCGAUUUUGCGCGCACGGGAUUGCUAUAUCUCAUCGAGACUGCCUCGCGGUCAAAGAACCUAGAGCGGUGGCUAAUUGAGAGUGACCUGGCCACGCUCAUGGCCACCGGCCUCGGUGCACUUUACAGCCAACUGGGACACCUCUCAUUCACCCCGGACGAGGAUGUCCCUCAUGUUGUCGUACUAUCCGACCAUGCCAAGCAGGAGACGGCCUUGAAGCCGACGCUGGGGCAGGCAAUGGAUGCCUUCAUGUCGUACCUGCUUUUCUGGCAGGACACCAUCGACCAUUGCAAGUCCGCGGAAGUGAACGAUACUUUGCUAGACCAUUUCCAAGUGCUAUUUCUAGAGCAAUUGCUAUAUCCCUCAUUAUUAGAAUCAUCAGAUGUUGCCGGCGGAUCGACGGCAGCGGUAUUAACAUACAUGUGCCGCAUCUUAGACUCGAUUGAGCAAGGUGAAUUGGUCCAUCGAAUUUUACAUUUCCUAUUGGCAUCAUCCCCUAGGCCAGAAGAGCAAAUGGAUAUGUCUGCGAGUCGACGGAAAUCAAUCAAUGUGCUCGCUGCACUGGCCUCCGAAGCAGCCCAGCCGUCCCCAUCUCUCUUCAAUCUGCGUGAUCUCUCCCUCCUGGGGCUUCAGUCCUCAAAUCGUCAAACUGUGCUAGCUACCUUGCGCCUCCUAACCACCGUUCUCCAACGACACCAUCCUUUUGCACGGGCGCUGAUCCAUACGAUUCCGUUCCAGCCUGCACAGCAGCGCUCAGUGGGUGCACUGAACUCUGAACUCGAGCAGCUGUUGGCCAUGGGAACCUCACUUGUCGAUGAUCCCACAUUGAAUGAGUCUUAUGACAAUUAUGUCGCAGACGCAACGUGCGUACUGGAGUCCCGAUUGUGCCUGCCUGUGCCUUCAAUGGAGGAAGAGGAGCACACAAUCCAUCUCCCCCUAGCAAUCCAGCAAGAUGACCCCAUCGUGCAAGCCCUUUUGGGGUGCCUUGAGACCUUCUUUACCAACAGCGUCAUAGUCAACCUGGCGCUGACAGGCGUUUUCAUGAGCCUGGCGUCGUCGCAUCUAUUCUCUCUGGAUGGAUGGGUGCUGGUUGACCCCAAUCAGUAUGAUUCGCGGCCAUCUGAGACCAAUGACCAUUUUGAAGACGUUCGGCGGGCCUACCAAGCACCGACUUGGCCUGCGACAGCCACGCCCACCUUGACCGCGGCGUUGCAGAAGCUUGUGAGCCAGAUCCAUCAGUGGCAGCGCGAAAUUCCAGACUUCGACAUUCUUGUGGCUGCUCGACGCGAGCUCCUCCACCAUGAUGAUCGCCCACAAACUCCCGAUAGAUCGUCAGAGUCACCCAUGCCUCCGAAAGACCGCUCGUGUCCAUCUUUCCCCGGAUCCCCGGACGCCGCUACACCAGCUUCCCGCGGUCGGUCACCGUAUCCACCCACCCCGUCCGAGAUCACCGAUCGGGAACGGGCCGGGUCGUCUAACGCUCCGACCGAUUCGCGCGAGUCCUCCAAUACCCGAACCGUGGUCGCUGAGGCUCUUCGUCAGCGUCUUGCCACCCCAUUCCCGCCUGCUUCCGCCGAUUCAUCCGCCACGGAGGAAACAUCCAGCUCGGAGGAGACUCCCGAUGCCAUAGUCGCUACUUUAGGGCAUGUAUUGACGAACGUCGUGAUCCUUUAUGAGUUCCUCUUGGAGCUUUCGGCGGUGGUACAAGUACGAGGAAGUCUCUUUGAAGAAGCUGGCUAUGUUUAA